UCGAUGCGUCUGCGAGAAGCGGACUGCAAACAGCUUCGAGCUUAAUUAUAAAGAAGAAGAAGGAAACUGCUCAAACUGAAAAUAACAAUAACUCGAAACACUUAUAUGUUUCUUCGAAGCGUCGUACAAUAAGUUUCUGGAACUGUAUAAGCCCAACAGGUUAAUGACUGAGGGAAGCUUGAACAUGGUGCCCACAACAAAUGGUUGUGUGGAGAGCCCAAAUGAAGCAGCUCUACUGGCACUGAUGGAGAAAACGGGCUACAACAUGGUGCAAGAAAAUGGGCAGCGCAAAUUUGGUCCCCCCCCAGGUUGGGAAGGACCCCCACCACCACGUGGUUGUGAAGUGUUUGUAGGGAAAAUCCCCCGGAACAUGUAUGAGGAUGAACUUGUACCCUUGUUUGAGCGGGCAGGCCGAAUCUAUGAGUUCAGGCUGAUGAUGGAGUUCAGUGGUGAGAACCGAGGUUACGCUUUUGUCAUGUACACCACCAAAGAAGGAGCACAGAGGGCCAUCCACCUUCUGGACAACUAUGAAAUCCGCCCGGGGAAAUUCAUUGGUGUCUGCGUCAGCCUUGACAAUUGUAGGCUCUUCAUUGGCUCAAUCCCCAAGGAGAAGAAGAAAGAGGAGAUCCUAGAGGAGAUGAAGAAAGUGACAGAAGGCGUGGUAGAUGUCAUAGUUUACCCAAGUGCCACAGACAAAACCAAAAACCGGGGUUUUGCUUUUGUGGAAUAUGCAUCUCACAAAGCUGCUGCAAUGGCUAGGAGGAAACUUAUUCCAGGAACCUACCAACUGUGGGGUCACACCAUCCAGGUGGACUGGGCUGAACCAGAGAAGGAUGUUGAUGAUGAGACUAUGCUGCGGGUCAGGGUGCUUUAUGUCCGGAACCUCAUGUUCUCCACAACUGAGGAGACCAUCAAGAAUGAGUUCAAUAAGUUCAAGCCUGGAGCUGUGGAACGAGUGAAGAAGCUCACUGAUUACGCCUUUGUGCACUUCUACAGUCGUGAGGAUGCUGCCUUGGCCCUUCGCAUCAUGAAUGGAAAAGUCAUUGAUGGGUCCACCAUUGAGGUGACCUUGGCAAAGCCUAUCAACAAGGACAGCAGCCGUCGGUCCAGUAGCAGAGUGCAAAUAGGGUCCUGCGGAGAUGGCUUUAUCACCCAGAGCAAAGACAAGAGCUACAAAAUUACCCCAACAGUGCACUUCAGCAUACCAGGCAGGCUCAGCAGCCCAUAUAUCAAGGAUGUAGAACGGAGCACGUAUCCCUUCUACCCGGGCUCCAGCCUUGUUCCGGUCGGUGUCUCUUCUCUGAAGCCCAGCCAGUUCUGCUCUGCUGUCACUUACCUUGAGUACUAUUGCCACAAGAAGUGCUGGUCCCUGCCUGAGUACUUCCUUUACUCCACCACCAGCCAUGAUGGAAAGCUGCUGCUAAUCUACAAAGUAGUCAUCUCCAGCACCCAAAGCAGCUUCAUGCCAGAUAAACUCUGUACUGUCCUUGAAGAUGCCAAAGAACUGGCUGCACAGAAUACACUGAGGAAUUUAGACUGCAUGCUCCAUGGCUCAGGGCCCCCUUCCAGUCUGUCUCCACUGGGCACCAGUCUGAUGUCGUAUGGGUGUCGAAACAUCCCUUAUCCAGGGUACCCAGUGUCACCAGCUAUGCCCUUGUCCAGUGGCAAUGGACUAAGGCUUUACAUUCCUAACCAGUCCAGCUUCUAUUAAUCCAGGCAAGGCCAAAAAUCCUCAUAAGUAAUACACUGCUAAUUUUUCAUGGCUGUGUUUUAUGUGUAAUUGUAUGGGUUAUGUAUGGUUGUAUUUAUGAUUUGAUGUUGUUUACAUUGAAUAUUUUUGUAUACCAUUUUUAUUUUUGAAAUUAAUAUUUACAAAAUAUCACUGACUUAACUUGACACUUAAUGUGGCUUUUGCAGUCAUGUACAUAUACAAAAUUGUUACAUGUAUGGCACAAUGUUUCUAUUGGGUUAAGCUGUAAGGUUAGAAAUUAUAGCAAAGUUUUGCAUUUAUUGAAGUAGUAACCACGAAAAAUAUAAAUUAGUUCUGUUUUAGUAUACAAUUAUUUCUUUUUAGUUCUGUCUUUAUCUGUGUAUUCAUGUGUGGAUUUUAUUGAAGUGUUUUGCUGCAACAUGCACAUAAUGCUCAGGCUGCUACAUUGGCUUUAAACUGUUGAACAAAUACUCUUUUAUGCAUGUUGAAACACAAAUCAGGUGUAAAAUUGUGUUAAAAAAAAUCCAUAUAUAAAUAAAAUGCAACAAAGGUGUUAUUUAAGCCACAGAUUGAAUAGCACAUAAAUUUUAUAGUUAUUUAAAAAAUCUUUUACGUUUUAUGUUGUGUACUGUAGAUUGGACAAUGCUAAUAAUGGAUCUCAUUCUUAUUUUCAUUUGUUUUUGUAUUUUUUGUUUAUAGUUGUUUUUUUUUUUCUUUUUCCUGUAUUUUCAUUUAGUCUUAAUUUCCCUUCUUGGUUGCAGCAGCUUCAAGGUGAUAAACCAAUACAGUCAAUAAUUAGAGAACAGUUUGUAGUCUUCGGUGUCACAACAACAGUGUUUUUUAUUUGUAGCCAGAAGUUUAUAGCUGUUCCAUUAUUAAAAUUCAG